AUGCUCCGCGUCACCACGAUAUUCAUCUUUGGAGUUUCGGUUCUAGUGGUGGCGCCGGCCUUUUGGGCAUCUGACUUUCCUGCGUGGAUUGCCCCUGCAAUUGUCGUCGGUGGUGCUCUCCCUCUCCUAUUUGUGGCGUAUACGUCCGCGCCGUUUGUGAACUAUAUCCAUCUGGCUCUUCCUGUCGCUGCGCGGCGGUCUCGAGAGCAGGCUAUCCAAUAUGCGAAGAAUCUGCCGCCAUAUGCGACGCUCUACAUAAACACGAUGAAGUUCACGACUAUCCCCCGGCAGACCGAAGUCCGGCUGGCAGAUCUCGUCCCGGACAGGACGUGGUCGCGGCCGGUGAGCUUCCGAAACCAGAAUCCGGUGCCUCUGCCUUGGUGGCAGGGCCGCACCCUGACCCAGUUCUACACGACGGAGAAAAGCAAGCCUGCGCGGGGGACGUCGACGUUCUAUCCUGAAGUCUGGGAGCACGUUUAUAAGCAGAUCCAGAAUAAUGUGCCUAAGAAAUGA